AUGAGUACACUCCUCCUGCCAGAGAGUAUGGACGUCAUCGUUGUUGAUCCGGUAUGGCAUGGCAAUCAUAUCGAGUACAAGAUAUGCAUAAGAAAUACUACUUGUGGGGACGCACCACUGAGCAGCACGUAUCGUAGGUUUAGUGAUAUUUACUCUGUGUUUAGGAGGUUUGUGGAGCUGGAUCCUGAUCCUCCUUUACCUCCGCUACCAGAAAAGAAAGUCUUUGGUACUACAGACCCGGUGUUUGUGGAACGACGUCGGAGAGAGUUAGAAACAUUCUUUAGAGCAGUCUGUAGAAACAAGUUCUUAGUAAAUGAUGUUGGGUUCCUUGCGCUUGUUGGCUUUUCAGACGCCAAGGCAGCUUUGGCACAAGAGGCUGAGAAGAAGAAUGACGUAGUGAAUGAGAGCAGCAGCCAUUCAUUACCGUGGGUAAAGUGUCCUUUGCCGGAUCUAGAACCAGAUGAGCUGGUGUUGGCAACCCGCCAGUUUCUACGAUCCACCACAUACACAUUGGUACGUGUGCUCCCUCCAUUAUCGUUUGGGGCACCGCGACGGUUCUAUGCGCUGAUAAAGAAUGCUUGUGGUCAGUAUGUUUUGAGUGUUAGUCAGGCUCACCCCAAGCGGGGUGUACCUUUGAAGGACAGCAAGAAGGCCCAUAGAUUGUGCAGCUUACUCUCACGAUCUUUGUUGCCUUGUGUGUUUUCUCCAGUCAGCGUUCAGACUGAUGGAAUUCGACUUUACGUCAUCCGAAAAGUUGUUAAAGGCGGUUCUUUCCGUGAUCGCGCAUACAAUGCCUCCUGGAGCACAGAGUCAGAAAUGAAGUACAGAAGAAAGGGAAAGCCUUUUUCAACUGAAUACAUUGCGGGUGUUACGAGACAGGCUUUGCUAAUGGUGAAGUCCUUCCAUUUUUAUAAUAUGUCGUGCCCUUAUUUACACUUGGGUAAGUGUUUUGAAGACGAGGGGCGAAUACUCUUUUCGGGUCUUGAAGAUGCCUUGUUGGGCAUCACACGCUAUCCCGUCGUUCUGCCCACCACAGAGCACACGCACGUUGACAUACUACUAGUGGGUGCCCUGGCUCUGGAGAUGGCGCUGGGCGGGCCUCUCAAUGAAAAGCGAGAGCUACAAUUGGUUACUGCUUACAAGGAUCCUACGGAAGCCGUUGAGGUAGAUGACGAUUCACGUGUGAAGCUCAUGAUGGGACUGUUGGAAAGUCUUCCUUCACGUGUUUCACAGUCUAUAGUGCCGUUUUUGAAGACACUUUUUGACCCUUCCCGUAGAAUAGAAGCUGACGAUUUACUCAGGCACCCAUUCAUUGCCAAAACUAAGUUCACAUCCCGACAGGAGGGCCAUGGCAAAGCAAAUUACGAGUUUCCACCAUUGGGGGUCAAACACAAGGAGGUCCAUUUAUUUCUUGAAGUGGCUAAUAACUGGCUUGAAACCGCUAAAGCAGCUGGUGUUCAGAACGACUAUGAGGAGAAAAGCCGCUUUCUCCUUAAAGCAAUAAGACGACGGAAGGGAGAAGAGCUCCUGAGUCAAUCGCAAAUCCCAUUUUCUUCAGAUGCAUAUAGUACACGACAAUUCCAUGUGUCCGCUGAGGCGUCGCUGGUCGAACAGAGAACAGUAAAGCCUCUAGUGGAAGUGAAAGCAUCGCCACAGUGCCGACCGCAGGCUUCUGUUGUAUCGGAUAGUGCGGCGAGGCUGUCAAAAAUGGUACCGACACCAUCCUCCUCAAAGGGGCCACCACCUCCACCACCGCCCCCGCUACCUCCCAAAGGGUUGGCUCCUCCUCCUCCUCCUCCUCCUCCUCCUCCUCCUCCUUCCUCUGAACCUGUGGUGACCUCUCAGUGA